AUGGAAUUAUAAAAUUAUACAAAUUAUACUCCCCACACUUGGCUUUAAGAUGUACCAGUUAAACUGACUAUCUCUAAUUUAUGGGACGGAAACAAUGUACUGGAUUCACUCGUAAAUUUUAUCAUAUAUAACCCAAUAGAUAGAUGAUCCCAAUAAAGACGAGCAACUUAUUAUUGUGGCCUCGCUCUACAUCAAUGGCCAGUUACAGUACCCAACCAAGACAUUCAAGGCCUUUAGCAGGCACUCCUUACAAAAAUAAGAAACCAUUUUUUUUAAUUCCAAUAUUAAGGACUUAUCAUACAAUUCCUUAAUAGCCUUGAGCAUAUACAGCACUCAAUAGAAAUAUGAGGAGGCUAAACCCUUGGGAUCAACGACAUUCCCUUUGUUCGAUGAAAAUUUGAAAUUAAGAGAAGGAAAAAUCAAUUUGCUUAUUUGGCCGAAUACCCAACCAGACACAAGUUUUAACUCCAAAACACCAGGUCUUGUUAAGGAUAGAAACAUUCAGGACUUGAAUUUUUGUACUAGAAAAAUAGAUGAAGUCUCAAAAGGUGAGCAGAAUGACACCAAUAAAAAUUUAUCAAAAUAAAACCUUCAAAUCAGAUUGUAUUAUCUCAGCAAGAUAAUACCCACAGCAUUUCUGGAAGUCUAAUUGGAUCAAUAUUUCUAAUAGCCCAUCCUUUUUGAGGACUACGAAUAUCCUCAAAACGAUACGGAAUAAUAAAUAAUCGGUGGAGGAUAUUAUAAAUAACCCGAAGAUCAAAUCGCAAAUCAAGCUAAAGCUCCUACCUAAAGAAUCUUUAUUGAUCAAAAUUAAUUGAGCGACACCUUCAGAACCAGUGACUUUGAUUAAGAGUUUGGCAAACCUGAUCCCAUUCACGAUAUGAUGAACUUAAUUUUGAGGUAUAGUGAUCAUCCAGAAACAUUAAAACCUCAAAAGGAUGAAGAGGAAAAAAUGAGGAAAAUGAUGGCUCGACCUUUGAUUGGAGAACUCAAAAGUGAUGACAAACAACUAUUUGUUAAAUAUCGAUAUUGGGCUAUGUAAUAUGGUAGUGCUUUGCCAUUCUACCUCCACUCAGUUGCUUGGCAAAAUCAAAAGGAAGAAUAGGAUGCCUUAACCUUAAUGAAAAAGUGGUCUCCUAUUGACAGAGAGGAUUGUCUCUUUUUAUUGUCUUCCUUCUUUUGUGCAAAUGAAUUUAAAAAAUCUAAGAGGAAUAAAGGUAGUAUGUUGGAAAUUAGAAAAUAUGCUGUUGAACAAUUAAGUAAGUUAAGUGACGAAAAGAUUGAAAAUGUUUUAUUGUAAUUAGUGUAGGCAUUAAAAUAUGAACCUUUUGACGAGUCAGAACUCGUUAAUCUAUUGUUUGAGAGAGCCAUCAGAUCUAAAUCAUUAGCUACUUAUUUGUAUUGGUAUCUUCAUGUAGAGAAGGAUGGCUGGAAUGCUGAUUCCAAGAACAUUAUUCUAGCCUUUUAUAAUAAUACAUUCGAAAGUAUUCUAAUAUAUUAAACAAUAAAUUAGAUUUGGAAUCAAUGCUGAGUUCCAAAAAUGAAAAGCUCUUUAAAGAUAUUUAGGGACAAUCCAAAUUUAGAUAAAAACUGCAAAGUCUAGCCACUGAAAUCCGAUCUCUAAAAAACGAUAGGCAAUUCAGAAUCAACUACAUUAAAAACUAAUUGUCAUAAUCUGCCUAUUAAAAUUCAUCAGAAUUACCAUAACAUCCAUGUUGUCUUUAUCCAGAAUAUGAAUUGAUUAGAGCUGUCCCAGAGAGAACUACCAUAUUUUCAUCAGCCAUGGCUCCAAUUAGAUUGGGAUUCCAUGUAAUCAAAGGAGAUGAGGAAUCUGAGAUUAAGUUAAUCUUCAAAAACGGAGAUGAUUUAAGAUAAGAUCAAUUGGUAAUGUAGAUUUUUAAUUUAAUGGAUGAAUUACUUAAAGGAGUUAGUUAAGAUAUGAAAUUAUUACCCUAUAGAAUUCUUGCCUGUUCUAAAAGUGAUGGAUUUUUAGAGUUCGUCCCUGAUAAUGUAACACUUCAAGAAAUCAUCAUCAAUAAAAAACAAGGGAUGCAACCUUAUUUAAGAUAGAUUUCAGAAGAUAAAUUGAACCCUUACUAUUGGAAGACCUUGACCUUGAAAAAUAAUGUAAUAACAAUUUAUAUUCUAGGAUUAAAAAGAUCUUGAAAAUCUUAAAAUUAUACAAGAUCAUAUUGAUUAAGUUGUUAAAAAAGCUCCAUAUGGUAUUAAUCCAACUUUUAUGACCAAUUACAUCUAUUCUAGUGCAGGAUAUUGUGUCUUAACAUAUUUCCUAGGAAUUGGAGAUAGACAUUUGGAGAAUUUACUAAUUAACAAUGAAGGCAAGAUGUUUCAUAUUGAUUUUGGAUUCAUCUUGGGCAAAGAUCCAAAACCAUACCCACCUCCAUUUAAAUUGUGUCCAGAAAUGGUGGAAGCCAUGGGAGGGUAGAAAUCAGAUUUAUACACUUUAUUCAAAUCAAAAUGUGUUGAGGUUUAUGUCUACUUAAGAAGAUAUGCUAAAUUGAUUAUAAAUCUAUUUCUUUUGAUGGCUGAUGCUGGUAUUAAAGACUACAGUUAAGAAGCAAUUGAAUAGAUGUAUGAAAAAUUUAGAUUGGAUGACAGUGAUGAGAAUGCUGAAAUUCACUUUUUAGGCUUAUUAGAAGAGUCCAUUAACUCUUUAUUUGCUAAAAUGACUGAUAAGUUACAUUUCUGGGCUAGUUAUAUGAGAAAAUGAUAUUUCUGUUAAUUUACAAAAAUUCAUCCAUUCUUAUUCACAA